ACAGUGUCACAAUGUAACAAGCUGCUGCUGCUGCUGCGGGGAGAGACGGACAGUGCGCGAGACCGGCCGCUGCUGCUGCUCUCCCGGGAGCCUUCACUGCCUGCCUGCAGGUCUCUGGGCCGUGGCGGGUGUCCCCAUGCCUUCUGCAGGUGUCGCGGCGGCAGCGCAGGAGUUCGGGAUGAGCGUUACGCACCCUGGGAUGUAUUGAACUUGGCCCUCUGUGACCGGGACAUCACAUCAUUAUGACUGGCUCUAGUUCUACUUUCCACCGCGCCCAUUCCAAGCACUGCCAGUCUCACCACCACAAUGUUGGGACAAAGACCAACAAACCGGCACGAUCCCGGAGUCUGCACGACCGGCCCUUGGAAUCUACUCUUACUUUAGCCCCGGCCAGCGCCUCUGGUAACAGCUCGGGGGGCUACUCGGAGGAAGAGGACAAAGAGGUGGGGGCUCUCUUCUACGUCAAUAAGAGUGGGUUUCCCAUCGACAACCAGACCUGGGAAAGGAUGUGGGGGCACGUGGCCAAAAUCCAUCCCGAAGGCAAAGACAUGGUGGAUAAGAUACGAAACACAGCUGUUCUACCCAAGCAUCCAGUGCCGUCUGUGCCAAACUACAAGGCUUCAAAGUCCAUCCCGGACUGGCUGCAGGCAGUGCAGAGAUACAUGAAGACGCUGCAAUACAACCACACCGGGACACAGUUCUUUGAGAUCCGGAAGACCAGGCCGAUCAGUGGGCUGAUGGAGACUGCGCGGGAGAUGACGCGGGAAUCCUUACCCAUUAAGUGUCUGGAAGCGGUUAUCCUGGGAAUAUAUCUGACGAACGGGCAGGUGAGUGUGGAGCGCUUCCCCAUCAGCUUCAAAACCCAGUUCUCAGGGAACUACUUUCACCACGUCGUGCUGGGGAUCUACUGCAAUGGGCGCUACGGCACGUUGGGCAUGAGCCGGCGUUCGGACCUCAUGGACAAGCCGAUGACCUUUCGGACUCUUAGCGAGCUCAUCUUUGACUUUGAAGACUCGUACAAAAAGUAUUCGCACACGGUGAAGAAAGUCAAAAUCGGUUUGUACGUGCCCCACGAUCCGCACACUUUCCAGCCAAUCGAAUGGCGGUAUCUAGUCAUCAACAUGGGGAAGAUGGUUCGAGCCGAUAUCAAGAAGGAACUGGAGAAGCAUGCACGGGAUAUGAGAAUGAAGAUCCUAAAGUCCUCAAGUGUCCAGUCACCUGUGAAAGAAAGGAGAGGGAAGUCCGUGUCCCCCCCGAGAGUCCGCAUCAGCCCCCAGAGACGCGUCUGCCGGAGAGAUAAAUCGCCGGCCAGGAUGGACAAGACCCCAGCCGACCUCAGCACUCUGAACGACGUCGGAUACCAGAUUCGGAUUUAGAACGGCCGGAGAUAAAAUCCCUGGUGCUUCCUUUUGCACUUUA